AUGUAUCUAUGUGUAUGUAUGGCCCACUAUUUUGGUUAUUUGCAUGCAGCUUGAAUGGACGGAAGGAAGCAGCAGCAUUCAAAUCAAUGGCGUUGAUUAUAUCCUUCGCCAAUGCCACUGGCACUCUCCCUCAGAGCACGCAAUAAAUGGCAGAAGGUAUGCAUUGGAAGCGCACUUCGUACAUCAAAGCCUAGACAACAAGGUGGCAGUAAUUGGUUUUCUUUACCACUAUGGCAAUCCUGAUCCUUUCCUUUCUUCGAUAGAAGAUAAAAUAAGAUCGAUUUCAAACAAUGCAUCAACAGACGCUGGGGUAAUUAGUCCAUCACAAGUGCGGAUGGAAGGAUCGCAAUAUUACAGAUAUAGUGGGUCACUCACCACCCCUCCUUGUGAUGAAGGUGUCAUAUGGACAGUCGAAAAUAUGCUUGGAACUGUUUCAAUUGAACAAGUGCAAUUGCUCAGAAACGCAGUUGAUGAUGGUUCAAGGGAAAAUGCAAGACCAUUGCAGCCAGUGAAUAGACGUUGGGUGCAACUCUAUGAUACAAGAUUACGCGUGGACGAUGAAACUCUCCACACGCCAAGUGCAGCAUCUAUGUAAACAUAUUUGGACAUCAAGGAACAAAAAUGUUCUAAAUAAAAGAGCCUACGUAUCUUAGCUAUUUCCUACAAAUAACGUGGGCAUUACUUUGCUCUAAGAAACGCUAUGCGGUAUGAUCAAUAAGUCAAUAAGAAGAAACUGUCUUCAUUAUGUUAUAUGUAAGAUGACAUCUAUUUAUAUUAAUCUGAAUUCUAAUAGAACCUGUGCGUAGCACCAUAAUGGAUUUAUAUGUACGAGUUCUUUAUCCUA